AUAAAUUAGGCUUCGUGGAAAUUAAUCAUAACACUACACGGAAUAGUUCUUUCCCGCACGAUCAGCUGUAAAACAAGUCAUACACUUACAUCUGCAAUGAAUCUUAAUACGAUGCGGACGGAAACAUCGUUGGCGGGGAAACUUAUGUCAGUGGUGAUGUCGAUUGUGCUGAUCAGUGGUACCACUGAGACGGCUGCGGCACCGCAACUGCUGCAGCCGCUGUCCAGCCAGUUCAUUUCAGAAGCCAAGGGUUACGCGACCGGAUACGGUUACAGUGGCGUCCAAGUACCGGUGGCCGUCCAGGUGGGCAAGACGGUGCAAUACGCGGCCGCACCGCCACCACCACCACCACCACCACCACCGUCCGCCGUGGUUGGUUACGCGCCAUCCUUCGUGUACAAGCCGGACCUAUCGGCAUACGCGGCCGCGUCAUUCCCGCAAGUGGAACAGUUGCACAGGUUCAACCCAGUAGUGCGACCGGUGCACACCGUCGUGCCAAAAGUGACGGCCGUCGAACCGUCCGUCACCGUGCAAAAGACGUACGUGGACGUGCCCGUGCCCGAGUACAGACCGCCGGCCGCAGCGGUCGUAGUGCAAGACGCAUCGCCCUACAACUACUACAACUAUCAAUUGAUCGACCGCAAAUGAUCAGCAGGAUCAAGAUGUUAAAGAAGAAGGAAAAAAAAACGAUUUGUUGUACUUCAUUAUAAUAACAUGUGUGUGUAUUUUAUUUAUUUAAGAAAACGGAACGCGCCAGACAUUGUGUGCUGUACGCGAUUAUUUAUCAUUAUUACAAUAUUAUUUUUGUUCUCGUA